AUGUCCUCUCUACUGGAUGAAGAUGAUCUGUCAGCCAAUGAUGCACCCGCUCCACUCGAACCUGUAUCUUCACAGCAACAAAAACACCUCCCACAACAUAUUCUACGUCGUAUUUUCAAGCUACUCCCAGUGCCAUCGCUACCUCAUGUCGCUCUUGCAUCCCGCGAUUUCAAAUCGCUCGUCUAUGACGACGCCAUUUGGAACCCAUUGUUACAUGACGUAUUGAAAAAUGACAGUUCCAACCUCUCGGAUAUGCUUGAACACGGUGACACGUUUCCAAAUGACAACCAUGGCCAAGAGGGCGUGGCUCGGCUUCAAUUCAAGCGAUUGUAUGAGUAUUUAAUGCCGUACUACAUCGACCUUCGACAUAAGCAUCGAGAAUCGAGAGUGUUGCUUGAAUAUGGGCAAGAACCCGUGAAAUGUGGCGAGUUGCUCAGCAGGCUGGUUAGCUUUGGCAAUUGCCAUGCUGUGGAUGACUGGAAGGAGAUAAACGAAUCUCUUGAUGCUGUAUGUCAAUACUUUGAAACCGCGUCAUUGCAGGAAUUUGAAAUCGCAUACGAUGUUACAAGUACAGCAGAGAUGAAGACAUUUGCAGAUGCGUUGAUUGCCCUGAGUCCUGUCAGCAGUGCAUUGUGUCAACAAACAUUUAUUCAAAAGCAUCCCAUCUUUUCCAACAACGACAAUGCCAAGCCUGAAAACAAUUUCAAAACAUCGAGAAAUGACUUGGAGCCAUUCAAAGGAUUCAUGGCUGAUAUCAAGAAUGCCUUUGUGGAGCAAUCGCAUGUGAUCGCCAAAGUAUUUCCCGAGGAGAUGGACAUGUUUUAUUUGUUUGUGGAUCGUGCAUUGGAGGAUGUGGUUUCCGAAUAUGUUAGUUCACUGCUUGCAACAGCCCAUGAACGAGAUCAAUUACUAUACUUGAACACCAUGUCCACGGUAUUGACGUCUGUGCGAGAUACCAUCAAUGCAUUGACCGGCGGUGAUUUACCAAUCAACAUUGACCGAGAGAGAGGCAUCAAUCUUUUGUACAAACUUUUUAUACCCUUUUUGGAUGAUUAUCUCUCAGAGGAACAAUUAUGUGUAAAGACAAAAUCCCAGGAACUAAUUGAUGAGUGGAAUCUGAGUUCGGGUGUGCGACGAGGAGACGAUCCCACUUCACGAUUAUCCAAUCAAUCGCGUGAGACCUUUAAGCGUAACUAUUUGAUGGCAUUCAAAAAAGUCAUGACGGUGCCUGUAGAUCUGGUAUCUUCAGCAGCCACAACGAUUGCAUCACCCAUUCUAUCCACGCUGAGAUCUUCAGAAGAUACCACCACCACCAAAUCGCCAUCCUCUCUUGGAUCGCCCGUAUCGGAAGAAUCAUCAUUACAAAUUACUCCACCAAGGACACCUGAAGUGACGCCCAUCACUGUAUCCUCACCUCCACCUCCCAAAAACAAAAGCUUGCUGCUCUCUCGACAAUCUUCUCACCAAUCAUUGCGAUCACAAGAUACAGCACGCAGCGCCGAUCUUAAAUGGGCAAUGCAUGAACUUGAUAUGAUGCAAGAUUUCCUAAGUCUCGACACCGUGUUGCAGCUAAUUCAUCUCAACAAGGACGCUGAGCGUCGUGUGGAACAAUUUCUCAACAUUGGAUUUCCUGGUCGAAUGCAAAAUGAAAUCCAAAAGGCUUAUGAACAAAUCUUUGUCCAAUUGGCACGCUUUCUUGGUAACCAGCACAUCAAGCCGGCUUUUGAUAGAGCCAUCGAACAUUUAGACUCAUAUACCCCUGACAUGGAUUCAUUGGAACAAAGUCCUGGCGAUGUGCCUCCCCUUACAGAGUUUUUUGAGAUGGUGCAUAUUGGCGAUGUGAUUCAACAAAUGGUGCAGCUUUAUUAUGAUGAACGCAUAAGCAAGCAUGUGGACAAGUUUGACUUUUUAAACGACGUCAACAAGGAAAAAAAGGUGUUUGAGAGAAUAUUGGAUGAUUGUGUAGCAUGUGGGAUGGACCAAAGUAUUCAGGUUCUCUUGGCGCAAGUCGAAUACAUUCUUGUGCAUGAACAAAAGCCAGAAGAUUACAAUCCCCGUGGCGACGUAUUGACGGAUCUUAAACCCACCAAGGCAUGUCAAGACACGAUUGAAUGUUUACGAUCCAAUACAUCCAUAUUACGUGGUGCGGCCGAGAAAUCAACCAUGGAUCUCUUUUUCAACGAGAUUGGGCGUCGAUUUGCAGAGGUUUUGUAUAAGCAUUUGAAAACUGUUACAGUGAGCGAGCAAGGUGGUUUUCAAUACAUCAGUGAUAUGAACGCCUAUAAUGACUUUGCUGUCACACUUCGCCAAAAAUCAGUGACCCCUUAUUUCUCAGCACUCAAAGCACUUGCCAACAUUUACAUCAUCUCAUCAGCACCUGAUAUCAAGAACAUGAUCCACGAUAUGGAGCGAUACCAUGGACUACUAAAGGUGGAAGAUUUGCUCGAGUUUGCAGCUUGUAGAAGCGAUUGGCCAGCUAUCAAACGUGUCGUCAUGCGGGAUAUGACUGAUUGCAGUAUCAUGUAG